CCCCUCCCCCUCCGCCCUCCCCACUUCACAAGCAGCCUUGCCCUCCUCCCGCAUUUGUGCGCCGGUGCAGCAGGCAGUGGGAGCAUCCGGGCACUUCCGCAGCCGAGAGGCGAUCCGGGCGGCGGCAGCUGCGGCGGCGGCGGCGGCGGUCGAGGAGCUCCCAUGGCUGGGACCAGGCUGGGGGAAGGCAAAAGGGGGGCGAGGCCUUAAGCCCGAGCCGCGGCGGGGUGGGUCCCGAGGGAGGCGGAGCGGGAAGCGCUCUCGCGGGCGGAGGAGGACCGGGAGCGGGGCUCGUUCAGUCUUCUAGUGCGUUCGCCUGGCCAGCCGGGGCUCUGGAGAUGCAUCUACAUCAGGUCCUCACCGGAGCUGUCAACCCUGGAGACAACUGCUAUUCCGUGGGCAGCGUCGAAGAUGUCCCCUUCACGGCAUAUGGAUCGGGCUGUGAUAUUGUUAUUUUGGCAAAUGACUUUGAAUGUGUGCAGAUCAUUCCUGGUGCUAAGCAUGGAAACAUCCAAGUCAGCUGUGUGGAGUGUUCUAACCAACAUGGAAGAGUUGCAGCUUCAUAUGGUAAUGCUGUUUGUAUUUUUGAGCCCUUGGGCAUAAAUUCUCAUAAGAGAAAUUGUCAACUCAAGUGUCAGUGGCUUAAAACUGGGCAGUUUUUUUUGAGUUCUGUGACAUACAAUUUAGCAUGGGACCCUCAAGAUAACAGAUUGUUGACAGCAACUGAUUCUAUUCAGUUGUGGGCUCCUCCAGGGGGUGACAUUCUGGAAGAGGAGGAAGAAAUCGAUAAUAAAAUUCCUCCUGUUUUAAAUGAUUGGAAGUGCAUCUGGCAGUGCAAAACCUCAGUAUCUGUACAUUUGAUGGAGUGGUCCCCUGAUGGUGAAUAUUUUGCUACUGCUGGAAAGGAUGAUUGUCUUUUGAAAGUGUGGUACCCUAUGACUGGUUGGAAGUCUUCAAUUAUACCUCCGGAUCAUCAUGAAGUGGAAAGGAGACAGGCGUCUGCCCAGUUUUCCUUUGUCUAUUUGGCACAUCCGCGAGCUGUGACAGGUUUUUCAUGGCGUAAAACUAGCAAAUAUAUGCCCAGAGGUUCUGUCUGUAAUGUGUUAUUAACUUCAUGCCAUGAUGGUGUCUGCCGGCUGUGGGCAGAAACCGUAUUACCAGAAGACUGUCUUUUGGGUGAGCAGAUUUGCGAGACUACCACUUCCAGCACUGCCAGCAGCCUUACUCAUGCUGGAAGUCACAAAGAUGGAGUACAACAUGCUCUUGAGACAAUACACCAUUUGAAAAAUUUAAGGAAAGGACAAAGGAAGUCUUCCAUUCUUGUAACGCACACUGAAUUAAUGCAUGACCAGAUGGCAACGCAUGAGGUUCAAAGACACAUUUCCCAUCACGCAAAUGUACUGUGUCAUUUUCACAUUGCAGCGAGCAUCAAUCCCGCCACAGAUAUUCCAAAUGUCUUGGUUGGCACUGUAUUUAACAUUGAUGAUGGAAAUGGGGGCUUUGUAGUUCAUUGGUUAAACAACAAAGAAUUUCAUUUUACAUCAUCUACUGAAAUAUUUAUGCAGCAAUUACGAAAACUUUCUGAAAAGCAGGUGGAUCAUGAAAACGACAAAGGAGAUAGAGAAGAUGAAUGUUCACAGGAGGAAAGAGAGAGGGGUUUACAUAUGAAACUAGACCAUGAAUUAUCCCUGGAUAGAGAAUCUGAAGCAGGUACAGGAUCAUCAGAACAUGAAGAUGGAGAAAGAGAGGGAAGUCCUAGAACCUGUUCACGACCUAGUGUACCAAUGCCACUGCCUACAGUCCUGCUUGAUCGGAAGAUCGAAAUGCUGCUAACUGAAUGGAAUAAGAAUCCUGACAUGCUUUUUACUAUACACCCGGUAGAUGGUACCUUCCUAGUGUGGCAUGUAAAGUAUUUGGAUGAAUAUAAUCCUGGAAUAUUUAGACAAGUCCAGGUUUCUUUUUCUUCUCGGAUUCCUGUUGCAUUUCCAUCUGGUGAUGCAAGCUCUCUUAGUAAAAAUAUCAUGAUGUAUGCCUGUAUAAAUGCUGCAAAAGAUUCUCACCACACUCUGUUACACGAAGACAUGAUGGCUGAAUGCAGUCCUCAUGGAUCACAGCUGCAUUCUGGACCACACAGUACAAAUAUGAACAUUUUAGCUCCCACAGUAAUGAUGGUCUCUAAACACAUAGAUGGCUCUUUAAAUCAAUGGGCAGUCACUUUUGCUGAUAAGUCUGCCUUUACCACUGUUCUAACUGUAUCUCACAAAUUUAGAUAUUGUGGUCAUAGAUUUCACCUCAAUGACCUGGCAUGUCAUUCAGUUUUACCAUUAUUAUUGACAUCAUCUCAUCAUAAUGCUCUGCUGACUCCUGAAUCAGAUUUUCAGUGGGACUCAGACAAUAAAUUAGGUAGAUUAAUGGAUCCUGUAAGACACAUAAAAGGUUCCUCGAAACAACCUCUCAGAAAUGCAGCAACACGUACAUUUCACGACCCGAAUGCCAUCUACAGUGAACUUAUUCUGUGGCGCGUGGACCCAAUAGGACCUUUGUCAUACACUGGAGGAGUAUCGGAGUUGGCACGAAUUAACUCUUUACAUACUUCAGCCUUCUCUAAUGUUGCUUGGCUUCCAACUCUUAUUCCUAGUUACUGUCUUGGCACAUAUUGCAAUUCUGCGAGUGCUUGCUUUGUUGCUUCUGAUGGCAAAAAUCUGAGACUUUACCAAGCUGUGGUAGAUGCAAGAAAAUUAUUGGAUGAACUGUCAGAUCCAGAAUCUUCAAAACUUAUUGGAGAAGUGUUUAAUAUUGUGAGCCAACAGUCUACUGCUCGACCUGGGUGCAUUAUUGAGCUCAAUGCAAUAACCAACCAAUGUGGCUCAAAUACACAGUUGCUUCAUGUGUUUCAAGAAGACUUCAUUAGAGGAUAUAAACCACAUAAAGAAGAUAUGGAGAAAAAGGAAACAGAAAUAUUUUUUCAGCCAUCACAAGGAUAUCGACCACCACCAUUUUCAGAAAAGUUCUUUCUAGUAGUAAUUGAAAAGGACAGCAAUAAUUGCUCUGUUCUCCACAUGUGGCACCUUCAUCUUAAAUCUGUACAGGCAUGUUUAGCUAAAGCUGCAGAAGGUGUUUCAUCAGAGAGUCUACUUUCAGUCCCUGGACAGAAGAACAUAGACUCUUCUCCAGAAACCUCUCCUAGUGUGAGCCCCAUACCACAUUCUUCAUCAAUCGCCAACCUUCAAACUGCUAGUAAACUGAUUCUGAGUUCUAGACGGGUAUAUAGCCGACCUCUUGAUCUCCCGGUAGGAGUUGAAGUAAUAAGAGCAACGCCUUCAGCAGGCCACCUGAGUUCCUCUUCAAUUUAUCCAGUGUGCCUGGCACCUUAUUUAGUGGUUACAACUUGUUCUGACAAUAAAGUACGCUUCUGGAAAUGUAGUAUGGAAACCAAUCUACAAUGUAAAAGUGAUGAGAAGGAAACCUAUCAUUGGAGGAGAUGGCCCUUGAUGAAUGAUGAAGGAGAAGAUAACAGCAGUACAGUGAGCAUUGUGGGAAGACCAGUUGCUGUUAGCUGUUCAUACACGGGUCGCCUUGCAGUGGCUUACAAACAACCUAUCCACCACAAUGGUUUUGUUUCUAAAGAAUUUUCCAUGCAUGUUUGCAUAUUUGAAUGUGAAUCUACAGGAGGGUCAGAAUGGGUUUUAGAACAAACAAUUCAUCUUGAUGAUUUGGUCAAAGUUGGGAGUGUACUUGAUUCAAGGGUCAGUGUCGACAGUAAUCUCUUUGUGUACAGCAAAUCAGAUGCACUUUUGAGCAAGGAUAGAUAUCUUAUUCCCAAUAUCAAACAUUUAGUACAUUUGGACUGGGUAUCAAAAGAAGAUGGCUCCCACAUUCUCACAGUAGGGGUCGGUGCUAAUAUCUUCAUGUAUGGGCGGCUUUCAGGAAUUGUGACUGAGCAAAUCAAUAGUAAGGAUGGAGUAGCUGUCAUUACUUUACCACUAGGUGGAAGUAUCAAGCAAGGAGUUAGGUCAAGAUGGGUUCUUCUUAGAUCUAUAGACUUAGUGUCUUCUGUUGAUGGUACACCUUCACUGCCUGUUUCUCUCUCUUGGGUAAGAGAUGGGAUAUUGGUGGUAGGAAUGGAUUGUGAAAUGCAUGUAUAUGCACAGUGGAAGCAUGCUGUCAAAUUUGGAGACGUUGACGCUGAUGGUCCUGAUGCAGAAGAGACAGCAGUACAAGAUCAUUUUGCCUUUAAAUCUAAUAUGUUGUCAAGAAAAAGUAUUGUUGAGGGAGCAGCCAUUGCUGAUGAUAUUUUUUGUUCACCAACUGUAGCUCAAGAUGGUGGCUUAUUUGAGGCUGCACAUGUACUUUCCCCUACUCUCCCGCAGUAUCAUCCAACCCAGCUGUUAGAAUUGAUGGACUUAGGGAAAGUUCGCAGGGCUAAAGCUAUUCUCUCUCAUUUAGUAAAAUGCAUUGCAGGAGAAGUUGCAAUAGUUAGAGAUGCUGAUGCUGGAGAAGGAACUAAGCGACAUCUUUCUCGAACCAUUAGUGUAAGUGGCAGUACAGCAAAGGAUACAGUCACCAUAGGGAAAGAUGGUACUCGAGAUUAUACUGAGAUAGAUUCUAUUCCCCCACUACCGUUAUAUGCAUUGCUUGCUGCCGAUCAAGAUACAACCUACAGAAUUUCAGAAGAAAGUACAAAAAUACCACAGAGCUAUGAAGAUCAUAUGGAAAGUCAACCAGAGGAUCAAUAUUCAGAGCUGUUCCAAAUCCAGGAUAUAACAACAGAUGAUAUUGACUUAGAGCCAGAAAAAAGAGAAAACAAAUCAAAAGUAAUAAAUCUUUCUCAAUACGGACCAGCUUACUUUGGCCAAGAACAUGCUAGGGUACUUUCAAGUCAUCUUAUGCACUCAAGUCUACCAGGCCUUACCCGUUUGGAGCAGAUGUUCCUUGUAGCUUUGGCUGAUACAGUGGCUACCACCAGUACUGAGCUUGAUGAAAACAGAGAUAAGAGUUACUCAGGAAGAGACACAUUAGAUGAGUGUGGUUUGCGGUACUUACUAGCUAUGCGCUUGCACACUUGCCUUUUGACAUCGCUGCCUCCUUUAUACCGAGUACAGCUGCUUCAUCAAGUUAACAUAAUACCUUGUGAUUGUAUCUGUUUGAUUUCUAUAGUUAUCAAAUCUUGUAACCCAGUGGUGUUUAGUUUCUACAACUACCUUCGAACUCAUCCUUUGCUUAUUCGAAGAAACCUUGCCUCCCCUGAAGGAACUUUGGCAACCUUAGGUCUCAAAACGGAGAAGAACUUUGUUGAUAAAAUUAAUCUCAUAGAAAGAAAAUUAUUCUUUACUACAGCAAAUGCUCAUUUUAAAGUUGGAUGUCCUGUUUUAGCCUUGGAGGUACUCUCCAAAAUUCCAAAAGUUACCAAAGUGUCUGCCUUACCUUCAGACAAAGAUCAGCCUGACUUCAUUUCUAAAAAGACGGACGAUGUACCUUCAGAAUCAAAAACUCUGAGUGAUGGUGAUAGAAGUUCUGGAACUGAUUGGUCAAACGUAACUUCAUCACAGAUUGACUGGAGUCAGCCAAUAGUAAAAGUUGAAGAGGAACCUCUUACUCUUGAUUGGGGUGAAGAGCACGAUGGUGCCUUAGAAGAAGAGGAAGAAGAUGCUGUCGGUUUAGUAAUGAAAAGUACAGAUGUCAGGGAAAAAGAUAGACAAGAAGAUCGGGAAGCCCCAGACCCUAAUGUGUUAUUGACUCCUCAGGAAGAGGAUUGCCUGGAAGGUGAUUCUGAAGUUGAUGUGAUUGCUGAACAACUAAAAUUCAGAGCUUGUUUAAAGAUCCUUAUGACUGAACUAAGAACUUUGGCUACAGGUUAUGAAGUAGAUGGUGGAAAACUCAGAUUUCAACUCUAUAACUGGCUUGAAAAGGAAAUUGCUGCCUUGCAUGAGAUAUGUAAUCAUGAAUCAGUUAUUAAAGAAUAUGCCAGUAAAAUGUAUUCCACAGUAGAGAGUGAUAUUCUGCAUCAGGAAGAAAUGGUGGACAAACCAGGUAUUGGUUCCUAUGAGUGGCACCAAAUAGAAAGGCGGAGACUACAGGCUAAACGAGAGCAUGCGGAAAGACGGAAGUUGUGGUUGCAGAAGAACCAAGAUCUCCUCAGAGUGUUUCUUAGUUACUGUAGCCUUCAUGGGGCCCAAGGUGGUGGUCUGGCCUCAGUAAGGAUGGAACUCAAAUUUUUGCUACAAGAAUCACAGCAGGAAACUACAGUGAAGCAGCUCCAGUCUCCACUACCACUGCCUACCACCCUACCUCUGCUUUCAGCAAGUAUUGCUUCAACAAAAACAGUCAUAGCUAAUCCUGUAUUGUACUUAAAUAAUCACAUCCAUGAUAUACUUUACACUAUUGUUCAGAUGAAAACACCACCUCAUCCCAGUAUUGAAGAUGUGAAGGUGCACACACUUCAUUCACUAGCAGCAUCACUUUCUGCAUCAAUUUACCAAGCAUUAUGUGACAGUCAUAGCUACAGCAGUCAGACAGAAGGGAACCAGUUUACAGGAAUGGCUUAUCAAGGACUUCUUUUAAGUGAUCGUCGAAGGCUAAGGACAGAAAGCAUUGAAGAACAUGCAACACCAAAUUCUUCUCCUGCUCAAUGGCCUGGUGUGAGUUCACUUAUUAAUCUCUUGAGUUCAGCCCAAGAUGAAGACCAGCCAAAAUUGAACAUUUUGUUGUGUGAAGCCGUUGUUGCUGUGUACUUAAGUUUAUUGAUACAUGCUCUUGCCACAAAUUCCUCCAAUGAAUUAUUUCGACUUGCAGCCCACCCAUUAAACAAUCGAAUGUGGGCUGCUGUUUUUGGGGGAGGUAUAAAACUUGUUGUGAAGCCUCAAAGACAAUCCGAAAAUAUUUCAGCACCUCCUGUUCCUUCUGAAGACAUAGAUAAACACCGCAGGAGGUUUAACAUGCGAAUGCUGGUUCCUGGAAGACCUGUAAAGGAUGCUACCCCACCACCAGUGCCUGCAGAAAGACCAUCUUACAAAGAAAAGUUUAUUCCUCCUGAACUCAGUAUGUGGGAUUAUUUUGUUGCAAAGCCGUUUCUCCCUUUGUCUGAUAGUGGAGUUAUAUAUGAUUCUGAUGAAAGCAUUCAUAGUGAUGAAGAAGAAGAUGAUGCUUUUUUUUCAGAUACACAGAUACAGGAACACCAAGACCCUAACUCCUAUAGCUGGGCUCUUCUACAUUUGACAAUGGUUAAGCUAGUACUUCACAAUGUCAAGAAUUUCUUUCCCAUUGCUGGACUGGAAUUCUCUGAGUUGCCUGUAACAUCACCAUUAGGUAUUGCUGUGAUUAAAAACUUGGAGAAUUGGGAGCAGAUCUUGCAAGAGAAAAUGGAUGAAUUUGAAGGUCCUCCCCCCAACUAUGUCAACACAUAUCCAACUGACCUUUCAGUAGGAGCUGGACCAGCUAUUCUUCGAAAUAAAGCAAUGCUAGAACCUGAAAAUACUCCAUUCAAAUCCCGGGAUUCUUCUGCGCUUCCAGUCAAACGACUUUGGCAUUUCCUUGUUAAACAAGAAGUACUUCAACAGACAUUUAUUAGAUAUAUUUUCACUAAGAAAAGAAAGCAGAGUGAGUCUAUAGAAGAACAUGUGGAGCAGGUCAAACAAAACUGCAUAGCAGAAGAUUGCCACAUCAAGGUUGAAGCAGAUCUGGGCUAUCCAGGAGGAAAGGCAAAAAUCAUUCAUAAGGAGUCAGAUAUGAUCAUGGCAUUUUCUGUUAAUAAGGCAAACUGUAAUGAAAUUGUUUUGGCUUCAACGCAUGAUGUACAAGAACUCGAUAUUACUUCUCUUCUGGCCUGUCAGUCAUACAUAUGGAUUGGAGAAGAGUAUGACAGAGAAUCCAAAAGUUCAGAUGAUAUUGAUUAUCGUGGUUCCACUACAACUCUUUAUCAACCCAGUGCAACAUCCCAUUCAGCAAGUCAGGUGCAUCCAUCUUCAUCUCUGCCGUGGCUGGGCAGUGGACAGACUAGCAUUGGAGCUAGUGUGCUUAUGAAAAGGAAUCUACAUAAUGUUAAGAGAAUGACCUCACACCCAGUCCAUCAAUACUAUCUUACAGGUGCUCAGGAUGGCAGUGUACGAAUGUUUGAGUGGACAAGACCUCAGCAGCUUGUCUGUUUCCGCCAAGCUGGCAAUGCAAGAGUUACCAGAUUAUAUUUCAAUUCACAAGGCAACAAGUGUGGUGUCGCAGACGGAGAGGGUUUUCUGAGUAUCUGGCAAGUAAACCAAACUGCAUCAAAUCCCAAACCUUACAUGAGUUGGCAGUGCCACAGUAAAGCCACAAGUGACUUUGCAUUUGUUACCUCUUCAAGUCUAGUUGCCACAUCUGGACAGUCCAAUGACAAUAGAAAUGUAUGCCUCUGGGACACAUUGAUAUCACCCGGAAACAGCCUCAUUCAUGGUUUCACAUGCCAUGAUCAUGGUGCCACGGUACUUCAGUACGCGCCAAAACAGCAACUCCUAAUAUCUGGGGGCAGGAAAGGCUACAUCUGCAUUUUUGACAUCAGGCAGCGACAGCUAAUUCACACAUUCCAGGCACAUGACUCUGCAGUUAAGGCGCUGGCUCUCGAUCCCUGUGAGGAAUAUUUUACUACAGGUUCAGCAGAAGGUAACAUAAAGGUUUGGAGGUUGAGAGGCCAUGGCCUACUUCAUUCAUUUAAAAAUGAACACGCUAAACAGUCCAUAUUCAGAAACCUUGGGGCUGGAGUCAUGCAGAUCGACAUCACCCAGGGCAACCGCAUCUUCUCCUGUGGGGCAGAUGGGACGCUGAAGACGAGGGUUUUGCCCAGUGCUUUUAACAUCCCUCAUAGCAUUCUUGACAUUCUAUAGACUUAAAGAUUGGGGCUUUAUUUUUAUAAACAUUUCAAUUAAAAAACACACUGCAGAAAUUAUUAGGCAUUUCUGCUUUCCAAGCAGUUGUUAACCCAUUGAAAACAAUACAGAGAAUCUCUGUGUAGAAUUUGAAUCUGAUCCAAGCUGAGUUUUAGGCUGAGUUUUGCGUAUAUGGGCUGGUAGAAUGACUGUGCAUGUGUACCUUUUAUCAUGCCGACAUAAAUAAAACAAAACCUAGUACUGUAUAAAGGGUAGCUAUUCUUUACAGCAUUUAGCAAACCUGAUUCAGAAAACAUUUGAGGUUAGAAGUUAGCAUAUAAGUUAGUUAUAAUAAUGAGAAGGACCUUUACACCAAAUCAAGGAAGAAAAUGUUGCUGUUUCAGGUUUUUCUUCCUAUUCUUACCACUGAUUGAAGCAUGCCUGCAGUCUCCUUUGUUGAAUGAAGAAUAGUCAUAAGGAGUUAGAAGCUUCAGGACACCAGAAACACACUGUAAGCAGCGUGUAAGCACACUUUGAAGCAGCGCAUAGUGACUAGUUCUCUGCUGUGAGAGGUCGUUCCCAUUCUUUCCUGCUGAAUAUUUUUCCUGUUAGUGUUUAUACUGAUCUAGUACUGUAAUUUGCAAAUGAGUGCAAAUUUAAAUGCAAUGUUUUCCUCACAAUUUGCACAUUCACGUUUUUUGGACUGCUAGAUUUUCUAUUUAAAUAUUUGCCUUCAUGUUAGGAAUGUAAUAUGUGGACAUGACAUAUUGGUAGUUAACCAAAACAUACCAAGUUAGUACUUCUUUUUUAGUCCAGUUUAGUACUUUUUCUUUUCAUGUAUUCAAGGUUAAAACACCCACAAUAUUUUAAGGCUAUGUUGAACCUACACCAGUAGAGCAUUUCAUAUCAUAAUUAAAAUGAAUGUUAGGCUUUCUGUGGCCAGUUAAUAGUUGAUGAGAUUGGUGAUAUUAUUUAUUACCACAGCCUAUUGUAUAAACUAUGCAGAGUUAAAUAUUAUUUGCUUGAAAAGUGUUAGCCAGUGUUGUCAUAUUUUGAUGUACUUCUUGGUUAUGACCAAAAAUAUGUUCUUGAAAUAUUGAAACCAAUGUCUGUGUUUAAAUGUUUACCAGCAAAUUGUCUCAUCACGUUAAUGAGAAUGUUUAAUGCCUGUGCAGUAUAUAGUAAAAUAUAAUGGCAUAAGAGCACCUUUCUCUGAAGGCAAUGUGAUGUUUGGGCUGUGAAAUACAUAUGUAAAAGAAAAAUAAAUGUUAUUUGUUAGAGUUUUACCUCAGUUUG